GGCCCGAACAUUUCGGGAUGGUCCCCAAGAUUCCAUUGACGAUGAUUAGGCUCUGUUAUCUGAGACCUGGAGUGAGGCAUCCCCUGAGAUGAGAUCUGGAGCCGACUAUCUUAAAUUUGGCUUGUGAUCCUCCCUGCCAUCGGUUGAGAUGCCCGUGCUUUAGCGAAGAUGACCAGAAGAUGCCUGGAUGUUUCGUCAAGCAUGUCAUCUUUGCGAUACGUCUGUUCUUCGUUCAGCUGCUGACGAUAUUCCAGUUAGCACUUUGGGCGACAGGGAUCUAAAUGGACAGCCCCAGAUGGGUGGACAGACUUGGCCAAAAGGGUCCACCACCAAGGGAAGUCCACCUGUCAUUGCGGGCAGGUCGUCACAGUCUUCCAGAACAUGCUUCAGAUUGACUGGCCUGUCACUUGAUAAGCCUUCCGGUUAUGCAGCAGCAGCUAACGGCUGUUACAUGGUGACGCACAAGGCAUGUAAAGUCGGUCUAACGCGAGAGUCUGCCUUGUGACGACACCGGGCGUCGUUAUGUAACCCACAGAGGUCGCUCUGUACGGCGGCACCAUUUCCAUUUCCAUCUCUACGCCACACGAGACACUUUCAGCCAGCCAAUAUGCGAAAACUAUAUGGGUCUGCCUGCCCAACUUUGGCAAUUGACUAUCGAACCUUUGUCAUCUUCGGGUAAGCGUCCCAAAAGGCGAGCUUCCCCAGACUGCUGCCCCUCGGUUAUUGGUUGAUUCGACCGCAUGUCGGACUCGUCAGCACCCCAUCAUGCAUUCUCGUCACCCGACGUUUCUGCGAGUUGCAACUGUGCUUACCAUUCACGUUUCAAUGUCUUGAGUACGUUUCAAGACUCGUUCCCAAGUUGCACAAAACAUCACCGUUUGAUGUUGUUUCAUUCGUCAGCAAAUGUCAUUUCCCGGACCAAAUACGUUGUUCUCCAUGAGUGAGUUACCGUGCCGCAAGUAUGCAUGCAUCGCGGUUACUGUCAUUAAUCGGUCGUCCAUGUGUUCCAGCAGCCCAUAUAAUCUUUAUUCAUAUAGCAAAGGUAUAAGUCGUGCGUUUUUCUGCUUCCGAUGAGGCCCGUCAGUAUUCAGGUUGACCAGCUCAUCUCCAUCACUACUGUUCAGGAGAUGCCAAGACCCAGGUCAGAUAUUAACAUAUGCCAACCGGUUUAACAAGCCUACCCUAUGGUCUGAUGUUCAAUUCCUUUGUCAGUCUAUGCUAUGAAGAAGGCAUAGCUGCUGUUAAUAGGUUUCUGAUCUUCUGUUCAAAGCUUACUCGGAGCCCGAGAGCGGAGCUGCAUGUCUCCUCGCAGUCUUUUAGUUAUUUUCAGCGUGAUACUCCAUGAGGUCUGAGAUCUCAGAAGUAGCUUUGAUGUCCAACGUCCACUCACGGACCAUUAUAUAUCUUGUAUCUUGCGGUUGAGGUGUGGCUAGUCAACGCCAGACUGGAGAUCAGGUAGCACGAAAUUGCCUGUCUACCAUAGCCUAGUUCUCCUACUCAUAUGAUUUUGUGAUCUUUCCAUGAAGUGUCUUCUUCCCCAAAUGCCCUCGACCGAGCUUAUCGCAAUCUACCAAGGGGUUUUCAAGUCGAACGGUCUGUCAAGUCUUCAAACUUGGGAUACCAGCAAAUGCGCGGUCACACCGUAUAUGAUCGCGCUUGCACCACCCGAGAGAAAUCGACAAACCAUCGUAUAUAUCAAAAGAUAAUCU